CACUGAACUGAGCACAAACUAUCGGCGCCCACAAAAUUUGCAACCAGCGCAAACGGGAACAGCCGAACAGCCCAUAGUUUAAGCAGCCCAAAGGUCAACCACCUCACCUCGCCAUCUACAAAGUUCGGCCCGCAUGCAAGAGCUAGCAAAGACUCCGGUGAGAAAGUGCAACCAGCGGAGGCAGGAUCAGCCAAGAAAUGUGUGGGGGAGCCAUCCUCGCCAACCUCACCCCCGACCGGGUGCGCCGGCGGCUGACGGCAGCCCAGCUCUGGCCGGACGCGUACUUCCCGGCGGAGAGGGCGGCCUCCGGCAGGAGGAGGAGGAGGAGGAGGGACGCUGCCACGACCGACGACGAUUUCGAGGCAGAGUUCCAGGUUUUUGAGGAGGAGGAGGACGACAGCGACGACGACUAUGAGGCUCCUCCGGCGGCGGCUUCUCCAGCAGUUGCUUUGGGCUCCAGUCGGCGCUGCGUAGCCGGUGCCAAGAGCACCAACUACAUACGCGUACGCCACCGGACGUCGGGCAGACGGGCGGCAGAAGACACCCGGCAGCGGCGGCGCGUGUGGCUCGGCACGUACGGUGGUGACGCCGAGGAGGCCGCUCCAGCGUACGACCGCGAAGCCCGCCGGGUGCGCGGGAAGAGCGCUAGGCUCGACGACUCCCCGAACGAAGGCUGUCCUCGCCGGAGAAACCUGCCGGGGACCAUCGACCUCAACCAGCCGCCCGCCGUUUCCGGUGACCACAUGGUCAGCGCCGAUGCCGACGCGUGCAAGGCGAAGAUCAUGCAGCUGGUCGCGGAGGGCCCUCGCGACGGGCGGAUGGCGGGCCUCGCGUCUGAGCUGAUGGACGGGGCGCGCCAUGGGAGCGAAACCAGAGUGUCCGUGGUGAUGCGGUGUGCGGCGUUGAUCUCCAGAUGCAGCCGCGAGAUGGAAGAGGUUGCUGCGCUCCGGAGGGGCCUCGAGAACCGCGCGAGGCGGCUGGAUGAGCUGAAAGAUCAACUCGUUAGGAUAGCUUCCCUUCUGGGCUCUGAAUUCUGAUUGACUGAUAUCAUCGGGCAUGUUUGAGCCUGUUUCUUCGUGGAACUCUGCUCUGACUGUAUGAACACACAUGGACCGUAUGAACAGUGAUCUCGGAAAAAUGGUAGUGGGAGUUUUUAAAAAAUCCUGGUUUCUUUAGCUGAAUGAGAAGCUUUCCAACCACUAGAAACAUUCUGUAGUACCCUCUCCGUUCCUAAAUAUAAGUCUUUUUAAAG